CGAAAUCAGUCCAUCCGGAGCAUCGGUACGAAGCGGUUUGCAAUUGAUCUUGUCCUACGAGCGUAAUAGUUGAAGUCUUUCCCCGAUAGAAGUUCAACUAUUUUUCAGCAGUUUGGUGUUGGAAACUUUACUGUGAACAGCACGUCACGUGGUGAGAACAAUCAAACUGAAAGUGUAUGAAAAGAUAACAAGCAAUUUUAGUUCUGUGUUCUGCGUGAUCCUCAAAAUGUGCAAAAGAAAAUCCCUGCUCCUGUGCUCGAAGGUCGUACGUUUAUCGGUACCUACGACCCGGAGAUGAGAUAGGCAAAUGUGCUCUCGGUUCGCGUUUCACUGAGCACCAAGUGAUAGUAUAUGGCAAAAGUUCAAUGAAUCCAGAUUUGCGCUGCUUUAAAGUGCGGAAAAAGUAAUCAAAUUGUGCCAACUAGAACGUAUUUUUCACUGGUCAUGUUUUUCGAGUCCCUCACAGGAAACGUUUAGUAUUUGCAAAAUAAAUUAGCAAUUGAAGGUUGUAAUCGUUCCACUAACCUCCGUUAGACAAAACAUCGAGAGGCAUCCAACAAACAUAGCCGUAGUAGCCAUCCUCACUACGCAGUAGGAAAAAGUGACCCCAUCAGUGCAGAUCGAAGUGUCGUCCAAACCGCGCUCAACGUGAUCUCGUAAUCGUGUAUUGCAAACACUGGAAGUGGUGCGUGAAAUUGUGUGUUCUAGCCGAAGCCGUUCUAGUCACCGUCUAUUGUCCUCGAUUGGCAGGCCGAAUCUUGGAUCGAACAUUCAUCGCCUUAUCAAUUGCAAUUAGUCUUAGCCUGUCUGCCUCUAAUUAGUGCAAUAACAACGAUUGAAGAAGAGUACCGUUUGUGCAACCGACGGCACAAGCCUCAGAAGGAUUUUACAGAUCGGCGGAACGGAACCGCUUUGCAGCCAUGGCGCUUGAUUUUACCAAACGACAGUGGCUUACGCUAAUGAUUAUGGGAUUGGCGGACUUUUGCAAUGCAAUCUGCGUCAGCUUACAGGCGCCGUUCUUUCCCAACGAGGCAGAAAAGAAAGGCGCCACCGCAACCGAGUAUGGACUUGUGUUUGGCGUAUUCGAGCUGGUAGUGUUUAUCAUAUCCCCAAUCUAUGGACAGUACAUCAACCGGAUUGGACCAAAAGUAUUAUUCAACAGUGGAAUCUUCACUACUGGUACAUCGGCAAUACUGUUCGGUCUGUUGGAUCGCGUGCCGGACCAUGUUCCCUUCAUCACGCUGGCCUUCGUGAUCCGGAUUGUGGAGGCUUUGGGAAAUGCGGCUUUUCUCACUGCAUCCUUUGCCAUCAUUGCCAAGGAGUUCCCAAACAAUGUGGCAACGACCUUCGCAUCACUGGAAACCUGCUUUGGACUGGGUUUAAUCGUUGGACCCAUGGUGGGAGGUGCCCUGUACUCAGUCGGAGGAUACUACCUGCCAUUCGUAAUACUGGGUUCAGCCCUGUUCGUAACGGCGAUUCUAACGCUUUGCAUUCUCCCGAAACACGCCAAUGAACCUUAUCAGAAUAAUGGCAAGACUACUUCAAUCUGGAGUGUGCUGAAGAUACCGGGAGUUCUGGUCAGUUCGUUGUCGAUCUGUGCCACCAGUGCAUCGAUUGGUUUUCUCAGUGCAACGUUGGAACCUCAUCUGCGGCAGUUCGAUCUGAGUCCUAUUUUAUUAGGUCUUGUGUUCGUUAUCAAUGGUGGCAUUUAUGCCUUGACGGCGCCAGCAUUCGGCUGGACGGUUGAUAAAUUCCUAAAUCCCAAAAUUUGCUCUGCGGCUGGUUGCUUCCUGGUCGUAGGAGCUUUUCUAAUGAUUGGACCUGCCUCUUUUCUUCCAGCAGACACAACACUGGAGCUCGUCAUAAUUGGAUUAGUGCUUCAUGGCCUUGGUAUAGCGGCAGUUUUAGUGUCAGGCUUCACGGAUUCACUCAGGACAGCGAUCGCCAAAGGUCUUCCGGACAGUAUUGAAACGUACGGCUUGAUCUCCGGUCUUUGGACUUCAACGUUCGCGUUCGGUGCCUUCGUAGGUCCAUCGGUUAGCGGACUGCUGUUCGAUGCCAUAGGCUUCCGCGGAUCGACAGUAUUCAUUGUAGGACUACAGAUUAUCGUGGGUACCAUCAUUUUACUGUUCAUCAUGUUCGAUCGUGCACCCACGCCAUACAAGGAUAUUUCGGUGGAGUCGCUCCUCAAGAUUCAGGACGGUCAACCAUCGGACAGUGCCAUGGCUAGCCGUAGCAGUAGCUUGGAUAUAACCGCCCGAGGCAACAAACCGGGCUUUUUGGGUAGCCAACAUUCCAUCAGCAUAGAAUCGUGGCGUCUAUCUGCCAACAGUUUGAUCCUUAGCAAUAGCUACAGCAGCAAGCAAGGCCGCUGGGCGCGUUCGGUUACGGAACUUGAAUCCAACAAUGCAGCACACUAUGGCCCACGGUAUGGCAGUUUCGAUGCUAGACCUGCAUACCAGGAUACUAUGGCCUAAGGUCUGCCCUCUACUCUGUAAUACCCGCCAUACUCUCCCGCUCAACUAGUAGGUGUACAUAUAUGUAUUUAAAAACACAACGCUACUCAUAAGACUUUGAAAAAAAUCAACGCUGUUGAAGAAAAAUGUUCAAAAAAGCAGAUUGUCAAACGAAAGACUGCAACCAUAUAACGAAUCUCUUGGCGAGAACAUGACUACGAUCGAAAUGUGGAAUGGUUCGGCGAAGCACCUUUCCAAUCUACUACAUUGUACUCAGUUAGCAGUUCAACAUUUUUAUCAUCGUAAUUUGAUGAAACGGAAAAAAAAUCGAAUCUAUAUUUAAUAGAGCAUCUUCAUGACGAACAAAACACUGGCAAUGUUUGCGAAUGUGAGAUGAAAUCGAGAACAAAAAAAAACAAGUCGUGCAUUUGUAGGCUACAGUGCAAAUAACAAACAAGGAGAUAAGAAACUGUACAAGAACGAAUGAUAAAGGCCCAAUAAAUAAGGCUAUUUAUAAAUUAA